AUGCAGAAUCACUCCAAUUAUCCCGCAGCAGGUGGUGGAGCAAGAGGCCUCCAUGCCUGGAUCGGCGGUUCAAACCUCAUCAUCGGUCGCAUUCCAGGAGGACCAUGCCUGUUGAGAGGCCAAACACUUGCAUCCACAAGGGAUAAGUACUGGGGCUUCUGCGCAGAAAUUACGCAAGCCGAGAAGCACAUCGGCUCACCCUUCCGAACCUCGGCCUGGCGUGGUUUUUCCCGGCGCUCACCCGCCUCCUCGCCGCCGCCGCCGCCGUGGGUCAGGCCCACCCGUGCCGGAGACAACAUUUAUGCAUCCGUCAUCACGGCGGCGGCGUCCUCGACCGGGUUCUUCCUGGCCUGCACGUCCGUGUGGCGGUCGGCGUCGGCAUGCUCGCAGUUGAGCGGCGUGACGCUCACGUACGGCGAUAACACGAUGAGAAUUGGGUUCAAGCGAGUUUCUUUGGUCUACGACGUAUCCUCCCCUUCCACGAUGGCUUCCGAGAACUAUGUUAGGGAGGGUGCUUCAGUGAAGGUUCAUGACCGACAAUUCUUUCAGGUCCGAUUCCUAUGACUCGGCCAACGCGCAGUCCGUGCUCGCCAGCUCCGAGUCGGCGGCGUGGUUCACGGCGAUCACCGUCGUCGACGGCUACGACAAGCUUAAGAGCGCUAAGGCAAGGACCUCGGCUGCAACCUCGACCGACCCGGCAUCGGCGGCGGCGGCGGCGGCGGC